ACAAAAAAAAAAAAAAAAAGAAAUUAAGCUUAAACCUUAAUUUAUUAAAUCCAAGGAUUAAGUCCCCGUCUACCUCUCAGUGAAAUGCAGAUGCUCACCACUGUAUUGCUGCCAUUAACUCAUGUCAGAGCUCCUUGCCAAUAAUCGGAAUUGGAAAAUUUUCUCUUAAAAAAAAAGAAAAUUCAGCAACAUUUUUCUUUACUGUCUUUAUAUGUGCAUCUCAAAAGCAUAUAUUCCAAACUGGAGCAGAAAGUCAGAUUUCUCAAUUGCACUUUCCUUAGAACUCUCUGAUUUGCAGACUUAAGCUCUCCUCUAUUUGCUUGUGAAUAAGAAUAUUUUCUUUUUAAAGUGUUCUACUUUGAAAACAAUUGUUUAUUUGUUAUUUGGUCAAAAUAAUGGCACUAUAAAGAAACAGUGGUUUCGUUUCAGUAAGUAUUUUUGAGAUGAUGGUCUGAAAGCCAGAUUAUUUAAGUCAGUUUGUGACCUUGCUACAAGGCGUAUGGAUUGGAAAAUUCAGAUACAUUCAAAAUUAUGGGUUCAUUUAAAAGUUUUCUACCUUUUGGGUAGGAGACUAAUUCUUCACUGAGUAUCAUGGUUUUAUCUUAGGUAAUUAGCAAACAUAUGUUUGAUUCUUUUUUAAGAAUUAAGAUUAAUUAAAAUAUGAAACAUUAACAGAGGGUUAAAACAAAAGCUACUUCAACUGCAAUAAAAUACAGGAAGCCCAAAAUCUAUGAACUGAGUGUUCAGUUAGCUUUGCCCACUGAGUUCAUUUUUAUGUCAAUAGAACAAUGGAUCAGAUGGACUUUGAACUCAUGAAUAUAAAGAAUUGUUUUCACAUAAACUGCUUUGGAAGAACUGAUGCUUGCCGCUACCUAAAGUUUUGGAUAUAUCAAUAUAGUGAACUAAUUAAUACCUACGAAAUAAAGCAUACUAUGAUUACUCCAGUUUGAUCUGAUAUGUGUGAUUUUUUUUAGAUUGGUGAAUCAAAAUAUAAUAAAGAC